GGACACAGUUACAUCCUACUUGUCCUUCGCCGUCGCAGCCUACACUUUUGAAUAACGUCAUCUCAUAAGAACCCGAACCAUCCAGUGUAUUGCUCCUGUGAUGUCAUCAGUACCGACGUCUGGGGCGGCGGCGGUAUCCGCCCGACCUCCUACCACCCCAGAACAGUGGGAGCAGACCCUUGCGCAGCUCCGCGCGACGAACGAAGAGCUACAGAGACGCAGGGCAGAAGCCGAGAAAGAUCGCGACCUCUUCCGCGACCUCUACUCCAAAGCGUCCUCGCACGCGUCAGAGGUCACCAAGGAGAACAACGAGCUCGCUGAGCGUGCGGCGCUCGCAGAGACGCAAACCCACGACGGUGUCGCCAUGAUCAAAGCGACGUACGAGGAGCGCAUCCGUCUGCUUGAGCGGGAAGUCGAACGCUGGAAGAAGCAGAUCCAUGUGCUGACGGAGCGAGAUGGACGGAUGGACGACGAGAUCAGGCGACGGGCGGCGCUCGAACCGGAGCUCCGCGCGGAGAACGUGCUGCUGAGAGCGCAGCUGGAACAUCUGGAGGAGGACUAUGCCCGGUUGGAAGGGCUGUUGGAGAAGAUGACGAAGCAGCAGAUCGAGGAGACGAUCGUGUUGGGGCAGACUGCGACGGAUUCCGCCCUGUCAACAAAAGGGAUAGAAGCUGCCUGAGGAUCAUGAGUGAGUAGUGACUACGCGGCACGAGUCUAUGGAAGUGAAUCGAUGACCCUCACUGGAUAUCGUCUGAAAGAUGGAAUAUAGAGCUCAUGAACGGUUUGCACACAGACCGGUAUCGGUUCCACGUAGUUCUAUUUACAUGGCCGGCUC